UGACACAAACGCCCUUGGCUUCCUACGAGAGGUGAUUGCAGGGAAGUACGCAUAGAUAGCAGGGAGGUCACUACUGUUUCUGCAUUGAAGGGUGAUUUUUCUCGCCAUGGGGUUCAUACCAGACGAGGGAAAGGCUCUCCCUCCUCCGGGAAUCGUUAACAGGAACUCGCUGUGGCUGGCAGGUGUCGGUUGGUGCACCGCGCUGCUUCAUAAUGCCAUGAACCACAGGCCGCCGCUAAAAUCAGGUCUCCAUCGACAGUUCCUGCUGACAACGAUCGGUUGGUUCAUUGGCUACCAUGUCACAAAGAAAGAAAAUUACAUGUAUGCCAAACUUGAUCGAGAUAUGUAUGAAUAUAUCAGGCUGCAUCCGGGCGAGUUUGCAGAAAAAGAAAAGAAGACCUUUGCAGAGAUUGUCGAACCUUUCCAUCCUGUGCGUUAAAUGUCAGCAGCUGGCUGCAGAGAGAGGAAGAUGGACAUCAUUUGCAGACUACCCUCCUAAGUCAUCUUUUUGUCAAAUAUUUCCGUCAUUUAUUGUGUGAAAUACAGCUAUGUAAAUAAAAUAAAUCCAAAUUCAAAA